AUGCAGGAGAAACAUUUCAGUGCUGACCUGGUGUCUUCAUCCAGUGACUCACCAGGGGAUGACCUGAGUGGCAGUGCAAAACAAGCAAAGAAGGAUGCCAAAUCAGCCAGAAGAGACUUGAGGGGCUUUGUCAAGGAAAUGAGAAUCACCUCUGAAGGGAUCCCAUUGGAACUGAAACUCCAGAGGAACUUGAACCAGGAGCACCACAUGGAGCAAGUGGAACUACCACACAUACCAAGUCUAGGAGAAUCCCAGAGAACAUGCAGGGCUUCAGAGAGGAUCUUCAGAGUGUCCAAACAGAAUAAUCAUCAGCAGCAGGAAGAUGAACUGCCUGUGGUCCAUGGGUUUUUUGAGGAUGCCUCUCUGGGUCUGGGGACCAAUAAACCCCAAUUGGCACAGAACCUCAAAAUAGUGACAUCCAGUAGCUCUGAGAGUUCUCCAGAGAAGGCCCAGUUUAUUAAUGAUCUCAAUAUCCCUUCCUUACCAAUGGUCUCCACAACAGACCUACUGGUACCAUCCCAAGCUUAUCAACCACCAGCAGUCCACUCUGUAGUGGACCACAGCAUCCAUGACUCUGACCAUGACCAUGACCCAUACUUCCUCAAGGACCCUGAAAAGGAAGACUAUGGUCAUCUGGAAACUGACUCUGUGCAUGCUGACAUCUCUGAAUCCAGGCCCCUGCCAGAGCUACCAGACUUGCCAGAGUUGACACCUGAUGACCAGCCAGUGAAACAUGUCAAGGUCCUGUACCAUCCACCAAGUCAUCCAAUGAGACAGUCUGAGACAGAGAGGCCAAAUAAGAAGGGUAAAGCUGGCAAGGUCCUGGUAAGCACCUCCAAGAAGGUGUCAUGGCUAGCAACCCCAGAUGGUGCAGAAAAUGAUUCUGGAGGCACCACCUGUUUGGAUGACUCCCCUGACAGUGACCAUCACUCCUUUGUCAGACUCUCCACACUCCAGGCCCCCAAAAAUAAGUGCUUUGACCAAGUGGACCAUUUCUAUGACUCACCCAAACAAAAGUGUGACACUCAAGAAUUCAGCCAUUUUAGUGACUUCACUAUGGACCCUAGUAGUUCUCAGCUUGGAGGUCCUGGCUCUGCUGUGCCUGAUCCAAGUUCAGAGAGUGAAAGUGAUGACACACCCAUCAACCAGCAGUUGCAAAGGAGACACUCUUCCUUGUUGAUCAUGAGAUCAAACCAUGAGUCUGACAUGGAGUCUGCCAGUUCCCCAGAGUUCACUUUUGGUCCCAUCAUCUCACAGAACAUGGUGAGGACCAGUGAACAAGGCAGGGCUCCUUUGCAUAGCUCCACCAACAUUACUGAGGAAUCACAAUCUACACUUUCUCAAGAAACAUGUCUUGAUGAGAGUCAAACAGAUGUGCCUGCACCACCUGAUGAGAUGAUUGGUGAGAGUAACACUGAGUCUCAGCAGGAACCAAGUCAAGGUGGAGAGUACAACCAACUCACCACCAGUAUGAGAAUGGGUGAAAUUUAUGAGAACUUCCCAAAGCCCAAGGAUCCAUCCUCAGUCUUACCAAGAGCCCCUGCUGCAGCUGGGACCAUCAUGUUGAACUCAUCCAUGUCCAGAAUAUGCCAACCACCAAGAUCCAUGAAGAAGACAUGUGUGCCAAGUGUUUACAAGAGAAGCAAGACCUUGGGAACACUAUCCUCUGAGACCAACAACAAUGGGCACCAGAUUUUGGUUGCUGCAGGUGCACCAUCACAAGCCAUAAGGUGCAGGAGGUCUCUGCUGGACAAGCCAAUGGCCAAGACAGACUCAUCAGGUUUGAAUGAAAGCACUUCCAAUAAGAGAUCCACCACCACCACCAUCAGCAGCACAAAGGCAACUCUUGAUUCCACACAUCAUCAGAGAGCCUCUGAAAUAACACUACCAACUGAUACCAAGUCCACAGUGGUGACUACCAAACCCAUGGACUCUGCUUAUGGCACCCAUGACCCUUCUACAGCUGCUGGAGACCUCAUACCCUCAGACAUUGGGAUUGAGCUCAAGACAGUGGCCAGUGAUAACAUGGACUCUGAUGAUGUAGACCAGAAGACCAGCCCAACUAUUGGUACACCAAUGAAGGAGUUGAAAGGAAAAGCUGCAGUGUGGAACACUGUCAAGAUUGGGUCCAUCAGGAGAUUCCAGCCAUUGAAACCAUCCCUCACAACCAUCUCCAAGCCUGAUGAGAGUCUGGUUCCUGUGAAAAGGGUAUCCAUUACUAUCCCCAGAUUCCAGAGUCCCAAGGUACAAGUACCAGAGUCCAAGCAACAGCAGAAACAAGGACAGAAGUUACCAAGUGGUCCAGAGUCAAAAACUUAUCAACAAGAAAACCCACAGUCCAGUUCCAAGGUGAACUACACCUCAGCAAAGAGAGACAAGUGUGGAUUUGAGUCCAACUCAUCCAGCCAAGACACCAAGAAGAAAAGGCAAAUAAUGGCAGUGAAGCCCAGGAAGAAGAUUAGAGGCCUGAUGAAGAAAUCCUCAGAAUGGCUGGCACCUCUGAAAAUGCUCAGGUUCAGAGAAAGGAAUUUGCACAGGGGCUUGCACCAGAUAUUGUACUCUUCCACUCCAAGUGAAGGCCAGCUGUGUCCCAAGGACUUCUCACACAUGUGCCACCAGUGGAAGGACAUCAAGUAUGUGUCAUGUCCCAACAUGAUGAUUGACCAAGAGGACACAUGUGUCAUCCAUGAGGCCAAGUCCAACAAAGUGUCUCAGUUGAUACAAAUGUGGGAAGCUUCCAAGGAUGAACCUAAUCUAAUUUCCAGAGAAAUCCCAAAAGAGUCUAGAAAGUUUCCAGACAUGGAGAUUAUCAAUACUUCUGGUCACUCCAUAGACCAUUUGCAGGAGACUGUUGCUUCACAGGAUGCAUUCAGUGUGACAGAGAGCAAACAAGAGUUUAAUCCUAUCAAGGAAUGUUUUGCAGCCUCCAUCAGUCCUUCCAGCAGAGAGGACCCUUUAGAUGACACCAACUCCUGGGAUGCUCCACCAGAACAUGUUUCAUCAUCCAUCCAAGAAAUGGAAACCAUGGACAAUUCCCUGGAUUCCUUCAAGGAGUCUUCAUCAGCUCUUCAAGUACAGGAAACAGUGUCUCAGAUUACAGAAGACCUUGAUGAUGCUUUCCAACAGCAUGUGGAACCCAUCCCUGAGGCAUCCCAAAAGCAUGUGGAACCCAUCCCUGAGGCAUCCCAAAGGCAUUUGGAACCCAUCCCUGAGGCAUCCCAAAAGCAUUUGGAACCCAUCCCUGAGGCAUUCCAACAGCAUGUGGAACCCAUCCCUGAGGACACUCAAUCAGGGUCUGCUGUACAAUUGUUCACACAAUACUCUGCCUUCAAUCAGGCUCUUCACCAGAGCUCAGCCAACUGUGCACCACUGGACCCUGAGCUGACAGCCACCACAUCAGUGCAGCAAGCGCAAAUGAGUGAUAUUGUCCAAGAGGACCAGCUGGAGGCACUGCUUUCAACACCUGUUGAGAAGGAUAAAAACUUGGGCCUCAGGUCAGCCUGGACCAAAGCUGGGUCAUGUCCAAAUGUUGCCACACCAGCUCUGUGUCCACCAGCUGAACAACCACCAAAAAGGUCUUCUGAAGAAAUACCCCAAGAGACCCAUUUGGAUGAAGAACCAGGUGCAGAUGUUUCAGAAUAUGUCCCAGGAUCCAGUGGUAGCAUCAUAGUCACUUCCAGGGACCACUGUGAGACAGUCUUGUCCAAUUCCUUCUACUCCACUCCAGGCACCUCCAGCAUGCUUCUAGACCAGAACCCAGACAACAGGAUCAUCACAACAGAUGUCUCCUCUCACCUGGAUGAUGAAUCCUCCACAACACAAAGCAGCAUCACUCAGCACAAGACAACCCAGAGACCUGAUACACCAGCAAAACAUUGCACAAGGCCACUGUACAAGAAUGCUGUCAAUUUGGUGAUACAGACCAUCAUGCCUCAUCAAAAGGCAGUUUUCACUCAACAACCUGACCUUGCUUCCAAGAGGGUCAAGGAGCAGCAGAACAUUCUGGGCAGCCUGAAUAUUGCAGAGAGUGCCCAAAAUGAACCAGCAGAAAAGCCUUGCCACAGGAAAAAGCUGCACCAGAGGCCCAAGAAGCACCACCACAACAACUUCCUGGAGAGCCACCAAGUGGUACAGCUGAGACAAAUGGCUGAACACGCAUUGCACAAAGCUCAAGUUCUCACUGAGACCAGGAAAAAGUUCCUUAGCAUGGCCUCAAACAGCCAAGCAAGGGCUUCACAGGCUUCUGCAGUGCUUCUAGGAAAAUUUGUCCAUGUCCCACGCAAUAAUAAUAAGUCAAACAUGAUCCACACAAUCAAGAAGAAACAGAAUCAUCAUCAUCAUCACCAGGGACAAAAUCCCACACCAAGGACAAUUUUGCCACACAAACCCCAGGUCUCUUGGCCACCACUUGGUCUGCACAACUUGAUGAAAGACAUCCCUUCAGUGGACCUUGUGGACUUUGCAUCUGGACUGUACCAGACUCUGCGCUGCUACACCACCACCACCAAACCCAGUCCAGCAGCUGCUUUCAAGAAGACCUGCUGCUUGCCAGGCACUGUGUCCAUGAACUGUUCUUGCCAAACCAAGACCUGCUCCACCAGGGUGACAGAAACUGAACACAUUCACACACUGCAAGACACUGCUGGUGAUGUUUUUGAGAUGCACUCUCAAGUGAAGAAGUGUGACAGUGACAUCUGUGCUGCACUCAAAAGCUCCUUGGCUUACAGGGAAAUGGUGCACAACCUGGUUGGUGACUGUGCUGAUGACGGAAACCUCAGAAAUUAAAUCCCUCUUUUCUUGUCCUCUUGUAUGGAAGAUUAAAAUCUAUUCAUGUCCUGAACUUUAAACCAAAAAA